AAUUUGAACGAAGGUUAGGUAACACGAAUCCAAUGAACAUAAUGACUACAGAAGAUCCAACGGACCAAUCAGAUCUAAUUUGUGUAGAAGAAAGCCUUAUGAGUUUAGAGAAACUAGAUAGAGCAUCGCCUGACCUAUGGCCUGAGCAAAGUAAGUAUAUUCUAUACAAUUCUAUAGCCUACUCUGGACAAGAAUUACGAUAUAUCAUAUAUAUAUUAACAAUUAAUGAAGUUCCAGGUGUAAAUGAAUUCGUAGCGCAAAAUUCACCUCAAACAGAACCGUCAUCUUGGGCUGCUGGUCUCACACCUGAUGAUAUAAAUCAAUUACAUCAACUCGGAAAUUUAUCAAUGGGUGGUUUAAUAUCUGAAGUGAAAAAGUUACACGAUAUGGCGUAUCAAUUGGGAUUGGAAGAGGCGAAGGAGAUGACCCGUGGAAAAUAUUUAAACAUUUUCAAGCAUAAAUAACAGAAUUUUGUCCAAAGAAAUUAUAUGUAAGAAAGCGAAUCCAUCUUGUGUAUUUCUGUAUAUUCACGAAGACUGAGGGGAAGUUGUUGGUCAUGCUGCAGUCGGAACCGUACGAUAAAAUGCCUAACUAAAAAUGAUAUA